CCCUCUCUUCCCUCCAUUCCUUUGCCCUCCCACCUCUCAGAUCUUCCCCACUCUCUUUCUCUGAUCUAUACUCCCUCCUCUGGCCUUGAAGAAGAAAAGAACAAGAAGAAGAAGGAGGCAGCUCCAUUAUUUCGGCAAAUAUCUUCGGAUUAAACUAAGGCAAAGGUCGUAGGGUUCGUUUCGAUACGUUUUGUUCGAUAUUCUAAUUCGUUCAUAGUGAGUUGGUUCUUCUAAAGACUCCCAAGAACAAAAUACUCUCUCUCUUCCAUCUUAGUUGAGAUGCGAACGGAGGCGUCUCCUUUGUCAUGCGAAAAGAAGUGACGAGAAGUACAGAUUCUGUUUCAUCGGUGCGCACGCAGUUUUAUGCGGUCGAUAAUUCUUCAGCUGUUUAAUUCAUCAAGAACGGAUGAGAUUUCAUGGUCCAAUGUUUUAGCUACACGUUUAGUAACUGCGCAGCGGAAGCUAAUCAUCAUCAUGGCAAGGGAAAUGCAUGUUUUGACCGCCCUCGAUGCGGCGAAAACCCAAUGGUACCACUUCACGGCGAUAGUGAUCGCCGGGAUGGGAUUCUUCACGGACGCAUACGAUCUGUUCUGCAUCUCCCUGGUGACAAAGCUCCUGGGCCGCCUGUACUACACCGAGCCAGGCUCGGACACCCCCGGAGCUCUGCCAUCGAACGUUGCCUCGGCUGUAAAUGGUGUGGCCUUUUGUGGGACUCUCACGGGCCAGAUCUUCUUCGGGUGGUUGGGUGACAAGAUGGGGCGGAAACGGGUUUACGGGAUGACCCUCAUGCUCAUGGUCCUGUGCUCAAUUGCAUCGGGCCUUUCGUUCGGGAAGGAAGCAAAGGGCGUGAUGGCGACCUUAUGCUUUUUCCGGUUCUGGCUGGGGUUCGGCAUCGGAGGAGACUAUCCUCUCUCGGCAACCAUCAUGUCGGAGUAUGCAAACAAGAAAACCAGAGGAGCCUUCAUAGCCGCAGUUUUUGCCAUGCAGGGGUUUGGUAUUCUGGCAGGUGGGAUGGUCGCAAUUAUUGUGUCAGCGGCUUUCAAUUCGGGGUUCUCAGCCCCGGCAUAUGAGGUUAAUGCCGCCCUGUCCACAGUCCCAGAGGCUGACUUUGUGUGGAGGAUAAUCGUGAUGUUUGGGGCUAUCCCAGCUGCUAUGACCUACUACUGGCGGAUGAAGAUGCCGGAAACUGCUCGAUACACUGCCUUGGUGGCCAAGAAUGCGAAGCAGGCGGCUUCGGACAUGUCAAAGGUUCUCCAGGUAGACUUGGAGGCAGAGCAAGAAAAAGUGGAGCAACUCUCCAAAGAGCAGGGGAACAACUUUGGGCUGUUCUCAUCGGAGUUUGCACGCAGGCACGGCCUCCACCUGCUCGGGACUACAAGCACAUGGUUCUUGCUUGACAUUGCGUUCUACAGCCAGAACCUCUUCCAGAAGGACAUAUUCACCGCCAUUGGAUGGAUCCCCAAGGCCAAGACCAUGAACGCUAUCGAGGAGGUAUACCACAUUGCCCGAGCCCAGACCUUGAUUGCUCUCUGCAGCACAGUCCCAGGUUACUGGUUCACAGUGGCUCUGAUUGACCGGAUGGGCCGAUUUGCAAUCCAGCUCAUGGGCUUUUUCUUCAUGACUGUCUUCAUGUUCGCUCUAGCGAUCCCGUACCACCACUGGACCCUUCCCGACAACAGGAUCGGAUUUGUCGUCAUGUACUCCUUCACAUUCUUCUUUGCUAACUUCGGCCCCAAUGCCACCACCUUUGUGGUUCCUGCCGAGAUCUUCCCUGCCCGGCUCCGCUCCACCUGCCAUGGAAUCUCGGCCGCAGCAGGCAAAGCUGGGGCUAUUGUGGGAGCCUUCGGGUUCUUAGCUGUUGCCAACGGGAUCGGGGUGAAGAAGACGCUUAUAAUCCUUGGGGUCGUCAACUUCCUUGGAAUGGUAUUCACGUUCCUUGUUCCCGAGUCAAAGGGUCGAUCCCUCGAGGAGAUCUCGGGUGAGAAUGAGGAGGAGACCGCCGCAGACCAGUCGAGGCAGCAGCAUAUUAGGACAGUUCCUGUCUGAAGCGUGUAUGAAGUUUCAAAGAGCCAUUAAGAUUAUAUAAGAUUUUCAAGUAGUUUUUCCUUUUUUUUCUUUUCGGGCUUAUCCUUCGUGAUCAUAUAGAUGUAAUAGAUAGAAAAAUCUACGCAAGGCUGCUGCCUCUUCUUCAUUAAGAAUGUGAAGUAUUCACUUUGGCAAGUAAGGCGAAAUCGUUAUUCCUUCGUCUUCUUAUGCGUAUAA